UGGUACAUCAAACACACGCCCCUUGCUAUCAAUGGGCAGCUUCAGGCGUCGAUGCCUGCGCCGCGGAUCAUAGACUCGGAGGACGAUGGUACUGAUGUGGAGAAUGUCCCAGAUGGGGAUGCAAUGCCCGAGAAGGAUGGCAUGUGUGGGGAUCACCGAGGUCCGGUGUUAUAAGGCAUGUAAGAUAUGGACUCUUUCUUCUGUUGCAUGCGUUUUCAGUGAAGAUAUAUUCACGGAGGAAGACUCUAUGGCUUUUAUCCCUGGUGCGAUGCGGAUGGGUCUAUCCUUCCGCUCUAUACAAACCGCCGUGCAAACGGGGGGGCGAGACGGCUACAGUGGGCAAAUCACGAAGCAAAACCAUGUGCCCAGGAGAACCUGGUACUUAUAUCGACGCAGACACCAGAUAAGAUUAUAUUUCAAAAAGAAUGGAAAAAAAACACUGAUGUUGAAACGUUCAUCUCUCCACAAUGAAUCCCAUUGGACCGCUUCUGCGUUUGCGGCUAUUCGGGCAUCAGAUGAAUUGUUUUUUGUUGGGACCGCUCCCUACUUGUUGCAUGUUGCCGUGGGUGUUUUAGUUUUGCGACUCCAGAGUGGGAAAUUCCCACGGCCCACCUCCAGCCGGGGAUCAUCAUUGCGGUCUCUUCCCGUCUCUUUUCCAAAACAAACUCGCCACAGUCGUGUUGCGUGUGCUGAUGUCGUUAUUUUGCGUUGCAACCAUCCAUAAUCGCAUUCCCCGCUCGCCUCCCCU